GUGGGCGGCGGACAACGCCGCGGGCGGCGGGCCCUGGGGCGGGGAGGGCAGGAGGCCGGGCUGGGCGGGGGUCCCUCCCCGGGCCGCGCUCCGCCCUCGCCCCGGCGCCGCUUCCCACCCGGCCUGCGGUGACGGACCCGCUUGCUUCCGGCGGAGGUUCUUAACUUGCCAAGAUGCCCAUCAGUGUUAAUGAUGUGAUGCAACUGUUCUGCCAUCUCGCUCAGCAGAAGGGGAUGAAAGCUGCUGUCAAACACUCUGCUCGAGGAGCACUGGUGGCAGGUGCAACAGCAUUUGUUGGGGGUCUGAUGGGGGGUCCACCUGGAAUCGCUGUAGGAGGAGCUCUUGGUGGAUUAUUUGGUGCCUGGAUGACUGGUGGACAGUUCAAGCCGGUCCCUCAGAUUUUAUUGGAAUUGCCUCCUGCUGAGCAGAAGAAACUCUAUGACGAAGCUGUUUGUAUUAUCAGGAGAUUAGACUGGACUGAUAUUGCUCAGCUAACUAGUCUUGUAAUGGGAAGUGCCAGUCUCCAGCAGCAGUUGACAGCAGUGCUGAUAAAUUAUCUCUCCAAAGAGCUAAGCGCAGAGAUACAGUAUGGAGAAUAAACAUUUCCAGACAGGCUUUUCACAGUGUAAUGAAUUUUACCCUGAUAAUUGUGAUUCUUCAGCAUAGCAAUUAUUAGUUAUCAGUACUAAUUUUGAGUGCAGGCAGAUUUAAGGAUUAUUUUAGGGGUUUAGGGCUGGGGUUUUUCUUUGUUUUGUUUUGUAAGGUCAGUAUUAGAUUACUGCAUUAUCCUGACACUGACUUGCUAUGUAAUUUUGAAUUAUUCUGGACUGAAUUCAAAAUCACUGAAGGAAUUGUGCUUUUUUUACACUGAUAUAUCUCUAGUUAAAAUUGUCAAAAUCAUUGUGUUUAAUUUAGGAGAUGUAAUCCUGUUUCUGUAAGUGCUUUAAUUUUCUUCUGUGAAUGACAUAUAGGUGCCAGAGUAGCUAGGGCACUCUGAAGAAUUUUACCGAUUAUCUGUUUCAGUCCUGCAAAGGAAAGUUAUAAGAAAGUACGUUAUUCUACUGUGAACUCAAAGAUCUCAGUCCUGACUUUAUUCUCUGUUGCAUUUUUAUUGCAGUUCUUGAGUUACUCAUUUUGUUCUCUAAGGAGCGAAGCCAAUGCCUAAACAAGAUGUAAAGCAACAGGUAGACCAACUGUGCACAAUUAGUAGCUCCCGGUGCCCUGGAACAGGAAGGCAUGGCAAGGAUACCCUUCUUAAAAAAAGCUGAAAAUGGGGAGCUGAUCUUUGUACUGUCCCUAGGUGAGGGUUGUCAUUUCAACAUUGGUUUGUUGACUGAAUCAGAACAGCUGGUCUUCUAUUUUAAUUAAAAUAUUCCUAAGAAGCA